AUGUUCGCAACACAAUCCAUCCCCUCAUCCCCCUCCACACCCUUCCGCCAAACGAGCCACUACAUCCCAGCCCGUCCAUCCCCGCUCGGCCCACGAAGCUCAAACAUCGCCACACCCCCAUGGACAAUGACCUCUCCUAGUCGCGCCGGCCACCCGCAAAAGCCAGUCGACCCUGAUGAGAACAGCCAAUUCUCGCCAAUCUCGUUUCCCAAUUUCACCGUCCAGACCGAACAACCACAACGACAUCAUAAUUUGGUCUCAGAGACACAUCCUCAAUCUCAAUCGCCGAGUUUCGUCAAUAUCGCCUCCUCGCCUGCGCCUUUCACCUUCAAUACUAGUACUACAUUUACAUCAACCUCGCAACACCACCAGCAACAGCAACAGCAAAACAUAUUCACCCCAACAUCCCCCACCCCCACCUCCCCAACCCCUUCAGCAACACGUCCCCGCUACGCAGAGCGGUACGCGACACAAAUCGUGAACCCCAUGCGCAGCACGACAUCUCUCGCGCGCUCCAAAACCCGCAAGAUGUUUCUGAACCGGGUCAAGAAUGAGCGUGAUGCCGGUCGGUUCGAAGCGCGCGGGGAACAGAUGAUGAUGGCGGAGUAUUUAGCGGAUAGGAGGCGGUGGGAGGAGAGUAUGGCGCGGGAUGUGGAUGGGGUGUUAAGGGGGGUUGAGGGGGAUAUUGAGGAUGAAGGGAUGCUUCCUGAUGAAGCUGAGCUAAGGGCCUUGGACGAGUUUGUCUCGCAGGAGGAGGCGUUUGAGAUGGCGCUGCAGGAGCAGGAGAUGUUGUCGAAUAAUAGGCAUGCUGAGCCGGAUGCGCCGUUUAGUGAUGCUGAGUAUGAUGAUAUUUUUAUGCAUUUGUCGGAGCCUGCGCAGGAUAUGGAUAUGUCCUGA